AUGUCUUCCCCAACCAAGCGCCGUGAAAUGGACCUAAUGAAGCUGAUGAUGAGCGAUUACAAGGUGGAGAUGAUCAAUGAUGGGAUGCAAGAGUUCUAUGUUCAUUUCCAUGGACCUAAUGACAGUCCUUACCACGGUGGUGUAUGGAAAGUAAAGGUGGAGCUUCCGGAUGCUUAUCCGUACAAAUCUCCGUCCAUAGGGUUUGUUAAUAAGAUCUAUCAUCCAAAUGUUGAUGAAAGGUCUGGCUCGGUUUGCUUAGACGUUAUCAAUCAGACCUGGAGUCCCAUGUUUGAUCUUGUGAAUGUGUUUGAAGUAUUUAUACCACAACUUCUUCUGUAUCCAAAUCCAUCGGACCCUUUGAACGGUGAGGCAGCAGCUCUGAUGAUGCGCGAUAGAAUUGCAUAUGACUUAAGAGUUAAAGAAUACUGUCAAACAUUUGCUAAGCCGGAAGAUGUGGGAGCCGUCCCGGACGAAAAAUCAAGCGACGAGGAGCUUAGUGAAAAUGAAUACGACUCUGGUGAUGAGGCUGUUGCCGAGGCAUUGGAUCAAUAG